AGCCUAUACCAUAUCACAUACCCUGCAAUCAUGGCUUCAGAGCUGCGCUUCGACGGCCAGGUCGUCGUUGUCACCGGUGCCGGCGGUGGUCUCGGCAAGGCAUAUGCUACUUUCUUCGGCAGCAGGGGAGCCAGCGUCGUCGUCAACGACUUGGGCGGCUCCUUCAAGGGAGAGGGCACCUCCAGCAAGGCUGCCGAUGUCGUUGUAAACGAGAUCAAGGCCGCGGGCGGCAAGGCUGUAGCCAACUACGAUUCGGUCGAGAACGGCGACAAGAUCAUCGACACAGCCAUCCAGGCAUUCGGCCGCGUCGAUAUCUUAAUCAACAACGCCGGUAUCCUCCGCGAUGUCAGCUUCAAGAACAUGUCCGACCAGGACUGGGACUUGAUUUUCAAGGUUCACGUCAAGGGCGCCUACAAGUGUACACGGGCAGCAUGGCCACACUUCAGGAAACAGAAGUACGGCCGUGUUAUCAACACUGCCUCAGCCGCCGGUCUGUUCGGUAACUUUGGUCAGUGCAACUACUCGGCUGCCAAGCUGGCCAUGGUCGGAUUCACCGAGACGCUCGCCAAGGAGGGCAUCAAGUACAACAUCAUCGCCAACGUCAUUGCCCCUAUUGCUGCAAGUCGCAUGACUGAGACUGUCAUGCCCCCUGAUUUGCUGGCUUUGAUGAAGCCCGAGUGGGUUGUGCCGCUCGUUGCCGUCCUGGUCCACAAGAACAACACAGACGAGACCGGUGGCAUCUUUGAAGUCGGCGGUGGUCACUGCGCUAAGCUCAGGUGGGAGCGCUCCAGCGGCCUUCUGCUCAAGUGUGACGAGUCCUACACCCCUGGAGCCAUCAUCAAGAAGUGGAACCAGGUUGUCGACUUCUCAAACCCCCAGUACCCUACUGGCCCCAACGAUUUCCUUGGCCUGCUUGAGCAAUCGACGCAGCUGGGCCCUAACGACAAGGGAGAGCCGAUCGACUUCAAGGGUCGUGUCGCCCUUGUCACUGGUGGAGGUGCCGGUAUAGGCCGUGCCUACUGCUUGGCCUUCGCCAGGGCCGGCGCAUCUAUUGUCGUGAACGACCUCGCCAACCCUGAUGGAGUUGUCAGCGAGAUCCAGAAAAUGGGCGGCAAGGCCAUCGGUGUCAAGGCCUCCGCUGAGGAUGGUGACGCCGUGGUCAAGGCCGCAAUUGAUGCCUUUGGUCGUAUCGACAUCAUCAUCAACAACGCCGGCAUUCUGAGGGAUAAGGCUUUCGCAAACAUGGACGACAGCCUUUGGGACCCCGUCAUGAACGUGCACGCGCGUGGAACCUACAAGAUUACCAAGGCUGCCUGGCCUUACCUUCUCAAGCAGAAGUAUGGCCGUAUUGUGAACACCACGUCCACUAGCGGUAUCUAUGGCAACUUUGGCCAGGCCAACUACUCCGCUGCCAAAUGUGCCAUCCUUGGAUUCUCACGAGCUCUGGCUCUUGAGGGUGCCAAGUACAACAUCUACGUCAACACCAUUGCCCCCAACGCCGGCACUGCCAUGACCAAGACCAUUCUCCCCGAGGAGCUCGUGCAGGCAUUCAAGCCAGACUACAUUGCUCCUCUGGUUCUGGCCCUCUGCAGCGACAAGGUCCCCGAGAACCCCACUGGAGGUCUUUACGAGGUCGGAAGCGGCUGGCAGGGUGCCACCAGAUGGCAGCGCAGCGGUGGCCACGGCUUCCCGGUUGACGUGCCAUUGACUCCCGAGGAGGUGACGAAGAACUGGGCUCGCAUUGUCAACUUUGACGACGGCAGGGCGGACCACCCGUUCAAGUCGCAAGACAGCGUCGCCAAGAUCAUGGAGAACAUGGACAACAAGGCGGGCAGCAAGAGCGGCUCUGAAUCCGGUAGCAACCAGUAUCUCGACGCCAUCCAACAGGCUAAAGGCGCCAAAACUGAGGGCACCGAGUUUGUCUACAGUGACAGAGACUCAAUCCUGUACAAUCUGGGCAUCGGCGCCAAGAGGACAGACCUCAACUAUGUCUAUGAGGGAGCCGAGGACUUCCAGGUUCUACCAACAUUUGGCGUCAUCCCCCAGUUCAACGCCGAUAUGCCCUUCAGUAUGGACGAGGUUGUGCCCAACUUCAACCCCAUGAUGCUCCUCCACGGCGAGCAGUAUCUUGAAAUCAAGAAGUACCCCAUCCCCACCUCUGCCAAGCUCAAGUCGUACGGUAAGCUCCUCGAGGUGGUUGACAAGGGCAACGCGGCCGUCCUCCGCAACGGCGUGACGACGGUGCACGCCGAGACGGGCGAGGAGAUCUUCUACAACGAGGCCAGCAUCUUCCUGAGGGGCUGCGGCGGCUUCGGUGGGCCGAAGAAGCCGCAGGACCGUGGCGCCAGCACGGCCGCCAACCCGCCGCCUAAGCGCUCGCCCGACGUGGUCAUCGAGGAGAAGACGACCGAGGAGCAGGCCUGCAUCUACCGCCUGAGCGGCGACUACAACCCGCUCCACGUCGACCCGCAGUUCGCCAAGAUGGGCGGCUUCCCGCAGCCCAUCCUGCACGGCCUCUGCUCCUUUGGCAUCUCGGGCAAGGCCGUCUACCAGCAAUUUGGCAAGAUCAAGAACAUCAAGGUCCGCUUCGCCGGCGUCGUCAUGCCCGGCCAGACCCUCGUGACCGAGAUGUGGAAGGAGGGCAACAAGAUUAUCUUCCAGACCAAGGUCAAGGAGACGGGCAAGUUGGCCAUCGGUGGUGCCGCGGCGGAGCUGUAUUGA